AUGCCUACGAAUGUACCUAGCCGGCGACGUACCGUCUUUGUGACAGGAGCAAACGGGUACAUAGGCGCUGCCGUAUGCCGAGCGUUUGUCGGAGCCGGCUGGAGAACUUUCGGCCUUGUUCGGAGGCCUGAGGCAGUCCAAGAUCUGAUGGCGGCCGAAAUCAUACCAGUUGUGGGAACUUUCAACGAGCUCAGCUUCCUCAGCUCUCUCUAUGAGAAGGCAACCAUUUUUGACGUCAUAGUCAGCUGUACUGAGGACUUCUCAGGAUAUGCAGACCACUUCAAUAAGGUCAUGGUGCUUGUCAAGUCAUUGGCUGAGAGCAGCAAACAGCAGGGCGUUCGCUCAUUGGUCCUCUGGUCAUCUGGCUGCAAGGACUAUGGAACGACGGAAGCGCAUGGAGCUUCUGCUCUUGUUCCACACACUGAAGCAUCCCCCCUCAAUCCCCCGGGUGUCCUCCGUCAAAGGACUGAAAACUGCCUUCGUAUAUUCGACCACACCGACGUUUUCGAUGCUGUCCUCUUCCGGCCGACCAGCGUUUAUGGCCGUAGCAGCAGCUAUUACGGAGCCAUGCUGUCCUGGGUUGCACACGAGGCAGCAGCUGGGUCCGGCACACUAAAGAUUCCGGCGAACCCUAACAAUAUCAUGCAUGCGACCCAUGUCGACGAUUGCGGGCUGGCCUACCUCGCUGUCGCGGAGCACGUCGAUCGAUGUGCAAUUGCCGGGAGAACGUUCAACAUCUCCAGCCACAGGUAUGAGACAGCACAGGAGGUGGGGGAGGCCUUGGCAAAGGAGUAUGGGUUUGAAAGGGGCGUGGAAUUCGUUUCUCCAGGUGAUGCACCUCCGACAUUUCCAGAAGGCCUGCAUUUUGUGUUUAAUUUCAGCCAGUGGGUUAGCAGCGAGAGCAUUCGCUUGAUUACAGGAUGGACAGAUGUUCGUCCAUUGUUCUCGGAGAACCUGACUGUUUAUCGAAGGGCUUACGAGGCAGCGCUCUCACAAGGGAAUACUAAUAUUGCUGCUAUUGAGGGAAGGGUCGGUAGCAACUUCAGAGGACUUGGAUCCUCGUAG